UUUUUGUAAAUAGUCGAAAUGUGGAUUGUGUGUUGUUUUCGGACCGUACAGAUCAAACGUGUUUUGUUCUUAGUUCGUUUUUAAUUGUUGUUCUUAAUUUUUAUAUUGUAUCGUCGCGCAUUUCUGCCUUUAUUUUCCAAUUCUUAGUUUUACCAAUUUUCGAUUUGUAGUCUUCAAAACACAUCGCGUUUUGCCGUGAACUUUUUGUUGGCUAUUUUAAGAUCAUUUUAAUAGAAAAUAGAAUAAUAGUAAAAAUUUCAAUAUGAUGAAGAGUGAUCAAUCUCAAUCAGUUACAAGCUGUGUUUCAAUAAUCCUUGCCAGUACUAAAAAUCUAUGAUAUAUGUGACAUGAAUUAUAUAUUUUUAAUACUGUCAAAACAGUGCAAUAUAAAUACAAUUGCUGUGUAAAGAAUUGUAGACGUACAAAGUCUGGUCCAAAAAGAACAUAUUUCAGUUUUCCAAAAGAUGAUGUUCUCCGAAAACAAUGGCUUAAUGCUUGCCAAAGAGAUGAAACAAAUAUGAACUUUGAUAUAGCAAGAGUAUGUAGUCUUCAUUUUGAGGAAGAUUGUUUACUACUGGAAAAGAUGAUAGAAGGAAAAAUUGGACGACCUAAAGAAACUGUAUUGUUAAAAGAAAAUUCUAUUCCAACUAAAAUGUUAAUAUUAGAAAGAAAACGAAGAGGAAAAAAGCCACUGAGUAAAGAAGCUAGAAUAAUUAGAGAAAAAAGAAAAUAUUCUUUAGCAACAUAUGAAGAACUUGUACAAUAUGCACAAGGAAAACAAAGUUUGUCUCUUGAAGAAUAUGAAAAAAAUAUAGAAAUAAAUGCUAUCAACGUGAAAAAAUCUGCAUAUAUGGAAAGAGAUGUAGAACAAAUAGAACAAAAUAUAGAUCAAAAUAUAGAACAAAAUAUAGUGCAAAAUAUACAGCAAUAUUUAGUACAAAAUAUAGAUCAAAAUCCAGUACAAAAUAUAGUGCAAAAUAUACAGCAAAAUCUAGUACAAAAUAUAGAUCAAAAUCUAAUACAAAAUAUAGAUGAAAAUAUAAUGCAAAAUAUAGAGCAAAAUAUAGUGCAAAAUAUACAGCAAAAUAUAAUACAAAAUAUAGAGCAAAAUGUAGAACAACAUACAGAGCAAAGUGAAGAAAAAAAUGAAGUGUUAGAACAAGAUAUAGUACAAGAUAUUGAGAGUCUUCCAUAUAUGUACAUACCCGUAUUCCUGUGUGCUUAUGUACCUGUAUAUCCACAUGCUUAUGCAUUUGCAUCUGAAUCUAUAUAUCCGAACUAAUUAUAUCGUUGUGAUAUACGUAACAUCAAAUAAUCUCAAAUUAGACUAAAUUGAAAAUUAGAAUUAAUAUUUUUUAUCAUUCCAAAAAUAAUAUUUAAAUAGAUAUUGCAAAAUUACGCUUUAUUAUACAUCUUAUAAACAAUUCUCUACAAAUAUUUUUUUAUACAGAUCAAUAUUAUCCACUAUAUUAUAGUUUCACACAUUUAUAUUGAACCUAGCCAGUAAUAAUUGGAUUCUGAAUGCCAAAAUAUUCAUCGACAAAAUAAAUGCCUAAAGUGGUACAUUUUUUUAAAAA